CUGAAGCAGAUAAACUUGAAUUCUGAUAGAACGACAACAAUGAUGGAAUAUAAUAAUCACUUUGAGAAAGCAUUGGACUUUAUUAACACGUACCAAGAGUUGAUAGACUGCCACUUGGUGGACUUUAUCAUUGACGAAUUAUGGGACAAGUGCUUACCGGAGAAACUCAAAUUAGAGCUUGAGAGUAUUGAUAUGAGCGACGAUAUUUGGACGGAGGACGACGCAGGUCCGGAAUUGAGUAGCCUCGUACAAUUAACGCGAUCACUUUCUCUAGAGUCGUGUCCAGCGGUCGUGCGCACGGAUGAUUUGCCAAAACUGUUGCCGCGAUAUUUCGGCGAGGAGCAAUCAAACAAGUUUCUCUGUCCAAAGUCUGAGUUGAUGAACAGCAAAAAGUCAUACGAGAUCGAAGCUCUGGGAAGAAUCCUUGCCGAAAUGGCACUUUCCACACGCAGUUUAGUCAUAGAUGCUGGAGCCGGAAAGGCAUACUUGUCAACAUAUUUAUCGGAGCAUUUCGAUAUCCCUGUAUUAGCAGUUGACUCAUCGCAGGUUUGCCACAAGGGCGCGAUAGAUCGUCAAGAAAAGAUUCAAAAAACGAAGCAAUCGCUGGAGAAGGUUCGAUACGUAGUUUACGAAUUAGAUGAUAUGACCAAUUAUAAUAAAAUGGUGAACGCAAAUUAUCCCAGUUGGAUUUUGAAGAGGAAUCUCAUUUUGACAGGAUUGCAUACUUGCGGAAUGCUUGUGCAUUCUGUAAUUAAAGCCUUCUUACGUACGAAGGACAUGAAUCUACUCUUUGUAGUUCCUUGCUGUUACCAUUUGGCAAAUGAAUCGUUGAGUGGACGUUUGAAUUUCUCGAAAAACGCCAGAAUGUUGGCCCAACAAUCCGUUGAAAGGAGUAAACGCGAUAAACGUCUUUCUCCUUCGUUAUUUUACAGAGCUGUGCUGCAAGUUGUGUUACAUUCUAUGGGACAUUACAAUGCUAAGGUAGGCCGUGGCGGACCAUUGAAUAAUUUUCCAGAUUAUGCAAAGUGGGCCUUAUCCAAGAUUCGAGUAGAUAAUAAAAUGAUACCACCUGCUGGUGUGUUGCAGAAAAUAUAUCAAAAUCACUUGCAUCUAGAACCAAAGUUCCGGCUCUUCCAAAUGUUAAGAAUAUACACAAGUUCAGUGAUAGAAGCGGCGAUUACGUUAGACAAAAUAAUAUUUCUGCAAAAUAAUACCCAGUGUUCCAAGGUUGCUGUAGUACGCUUAUUUGAUCCAACACUUUCUCCCAGAUGUUAUGCGAUAAUAGCAACGAAAUAAAUAUGAGAAUAUAUUAAAGGGAGCAAAGUCGGAGGUAAAAAUAAGAUAAUACAAUAUAAAAAAAUAUUUAGUUAAAUUAAUGUAAUAAUGUUGAUUCUCGAUAUAAUUCAAAUAUUAAAUACAAGAUACACGGUGUACACGUAAGUUUUCUGAUUUCCUUUUGGAGAAAAUUAUUCAUGAAUUUUAUAGUAAAAUAUGACAAAGAUAUAA